AUGGCUUCCAGAUCCCCAACAGCGGCGACGCCGCUGCCAAAGUCCUCGGCUGUGCCCGACAGCCCUUUGAAGGACGGCUCCGAUAUCCCAGACACAGUACCUUUUCCUCCACCCCAGACCUUUGAGAUCAUCCCACCCUUGCAUGGCAUCCUCCUUCGCUUGCUGUCUCCAAAGCCCGCUCAGGCUGGACCUAGUGGUGUCCAUGGAGAGACCGCAGGAGCCCCGGGGGUUUCGAUGGACGCCCAAGCACAAGAUCAGCAAGCGCCUUCGAGCAUGCCUGGUGGUGAUAACAACAACAACGCGGCAACUUCGCAAGCUAUACCGGACGUCCCUCUGCACGAUUCCAAUGGCGUACCACCGCUCGACGUGAAAGACCUCCCCACUGCAACCAGCUCGGUCAGAAUUCGGAUACAAAAAGCGCGGGCGGUAGUGGAAGCUCUUCCAGACGUGGACCGGUCUGUCGAAGAGCAACAGGAAGAAAUGACAGAGCUCGAGGAUCGCAUCUCUCGCCUGCGUUGCGUGAUUUCAGACUUUGGAAGUCGAGCCAAAAAGCACCAUGAAGGCCGUCUUGAAAUUGAAGCUAGCUGA